CUUUCUUUCCGGCCUCCGGCUUCUCUUUCCCCUUCCCCCUCCCCCUUCCUUCCGCGUGCUGCUCCUCCUCCUGCUGCUCCUGCUGCCGCUGCUCGUCGUUGGUCGCAGUCUCAGAGAGAAGAGUUCGAUCGCAGACAGAGAUAGAGAGAGAGGGAGGGAAUUCUCAUGAAGAGAAAACGAUUCAGCUGCGCGAGAGGUGAUCGAGUUGUCGUCGUGAGGAGCAAGCGGGUUGCGGUUUUGCCGAUCGGCCGAGAGCGGAGCGAUUUUCUGAGCUUCUCGUUCGAUUUUUACAGUUCUCGUUCGAAAGGAGGGGGCCGUCGAUGGGGGCGAGCGCGGCGACGUGAGUGCGGUGCGCGGUGGGGGGCGGGGGCAGGGGCAGGGACAGCAGGAGGUGGAGGAGGGCGGGCGAGCGAGGAGCUCGAGAUUUGCUCGUCCCCCGGGGCGGCGCCCGGUGGGAGCAGCGGCGGGGCUCGGGUGGCAUGAAUCGGGCGAGCUGCGCGAUCGAGCGACAGGGUGCUGCUCUGUUGGGCGAGCGCGUGCAUGUUGGUUACUCCUGCUGCUGCUGCUGUUGCUGCUGCAGGGGACGAUGGCCGAUGAUGGGCGAGGAUGCUGGAAGACGGAAAUCUGGGAUCGGUGAGAUGGGGAUUUUCGAGGGGAGGAGUGGCGCUCCGAGGCCCCGAGGAGGAGUGGCCCCGACGAUGGACAGUGCGGAAUCGUAAUCAUCAGAAGAACACGAGCGUCACAACGACAGCAACAACAAUCUGCGUGCCGCUGCCGCCGACUGCGACUGCGAGCGCCGAGUGCUCGCGAGGGUUUGUUGCGAAUGCGGCGCAGGUGUUCUUGCAAGUGCUAGGCUGUGCGAGCUGAAGGGCGGGCAUUCUUAUGGGAAGGCGGGCCGCGUGAGAGACGGUGGCCAUGGCGGAGUUCCGAGCGCCAUGCGCCCCGCGAUUGCUCCCGGCGCCGCACGUUGCGUAUCAACGGGCCUCGCCAGGCGCGGCAGCGGACGGCGAAGGAGACGAGAAGCGAGGGAUUUAUUUCUCGGACAUUAGCAUUAGCAGCAGCAGCAGCAGGGGCGACGAGGAGUGCCCCCGGCUGCCGUCGCUGAAGCGAUCGAGACCCGAUGAAGACGAAUCGUUCAAUUCGCCCAUGGACGUGCCGACGUCUCCGCGUGAGGAUCAGCACCCCCUUCUGCACCACCUUCACCAUCACCGCCAUUUUUCUGCGGGCGAAACGCCCUCCAACACUCUGCUCUCCCAUCCCCAUCCGCAGCAGCCCUCGAUCCCCGACAGCAAUGGUCAUGCUUUCGACGCACCGUCCUUCGGCAGCGAUCCGCAUUUGAUGCCGGAGUCUGUUCCUCCGGCCGCUCUGCUGUACCCUCACAUUGCCGGACCGGGUUCCUUCCAGGAGGUGCUGGCCGAGCUGGAGAGAACGAAACAGAAGAACAUCGAACUGCAGGGUCGCGUUUCCAGUCUCGAGGCUAAGCUAAGCAAAGAUGAAAAACAUGUCUCUCUCUUACUUUUUCUCUCCCUCUGUCACUGUCCCUCUCUCUCUCUAUCUAUCUCUAUCCCUUUCUCGUCUCUUCUCUUCUCUUCUCGUAGUUGCGAUCUCCGUCCGGGUCUGUUUUCAACAUGUUCGUUCCAAAAUUGCUGUGACAUGUUUUGAAUGAGUUAGGUCAGAAAUGCGUGUUUACAUCCGUAGCUCUCUGCAAGCUUCGGCGUUAGCUUUAGCUUUAGCUUUAGCUUAGCGUCUGCCAGGUGACGUGCAUAAUGUCUCGGCUGCGAUUCUCGAUCGGUCAAGAUUCAGCCUCUGGUCUUAGCAGCUUGGUGAAAUUCGUUGCUUCUGUGAUGGAGUUCUUAGACCGCCGUGCACCUCAAUUCACUCUCUUGGUAGCCUAGCGAUGUGUUCCACCAAAUCCAAAGCUUGGCAAAUCGAACGUUGUUUGGGUUCGUAUUACAGGGGUGUCCGUUUGCCAAUGGAAGCAAGAAGAGUAAGAAGGCUCGAAAGCCUGAAAAGUGUCAGAAGGAGGGCGAUGAGGAAGAUGAGCGAAAAGCCAUGCGCAGCUGCCCGAGCAGUCUUGCGCCGAUCAAGCAAGAAGACGGAGUUUUUCCGCAGCCCACAAUGCUCUCCGACGGCAUGCAGCAGCAGCCUUCGGACAGGCAGGACAUUGCGGUGAACUGGAUGAGCAGGGAGGAAGUCACGCCCGCCGAUCUGGAAAAGCUCAAUAACAUGGUCUCCGAGAAGGAGGAUUCUGGGGACUCGGAUGAUGACGACGAGGACGACGAGGACGAGGACGACGAUGACUUCGAGGACGAUCGCGAGGUCAAGGAGGGCAGAGAUUCAAAGAAACGGAAACGGGAAGGCCUCGAGGCAUGGAAAGGUGUCUGUCCAGGGGACGACGGGAGAGAAGGGGUCGGGCUGGACAUCAAAGUCGAAGGAGGCCGAGAGUUUCCGAGGGUCGCUUGCAGUGACAAACAGCAAGAGGACGAUGACUCGGAAGACAAUCUGAAGAAGGAUCGGCGAGGGAAGAAGAGAAGAGAUGGGAAGAAGGGCAGGCGAGUGAAGAAGGCCUGUGGCGGGAAAAGAGGUUUUGGCCUCGAGCUUCCAACUUGCCGAGGGCCGGGUAUUAUGUCAUCAUACAGAAAAACACCGAAAACGGCCUUUUCUCCCAAGGAAGUGGAGCGAAUUAUGGAGUCAGGAGUGCUGGCUCUCAAGAAUGCCCAAUCGCACACCAUGAGAAAGAUCAUUGUCUUCGCUUCACUUGGAAUCAGACAUGGCUGUGAGGAUCUGUAUGAGCUCGACUUUACCAACUUUUCCAUCGAAAAGCGAGGGGAGCCAUUCCAAUCCCCCAAAGAACCUGGGGAACAUGUGGUUUAUACUUACCCCGGAGGAAAACAACAGAAGAUGUUCUAUCCCAAUCGGCGGAAUCCGAUCCUUUGUCCAGUGAAGAUCUUAGAUGAAGAAAAGGCAAUGAGACCUGCAGGGCCUAGUUGUCCGACAUGCCUUUUCUUGUGCAUCAAAUACGGAGGGAGGACACGUAAUCUCCCCCAAAAUGAGUAUGUCAGGCAGCGAAUGGGACGAAAUAAGCUCAAAUCUUUCGGGCCGUUGAUGUGUCAGAUGGCCCUUUUGGUCCAUAUUAGGACCGGCAGCUUUUUUUUCAAAGCAUUGGGUAUUACUUUACUCUUCAUGGCUGGCUUCCCUGAUGAUCUUGUGCGGAAGGAAACGAAAUAUCGCAAUCUCGAUCUCCUGCAGAAGUAUUACCGGUCGGAUGAAGAUGCAAAACAAGAUUUAUUAUUUCAUCCGUUCCCUACUUUUGUACCACAGAACUCGAUUGCUGGGCCUUCAAUUCUGCACAAGACUUCUCCUCUCGGUCCGAAAACUGUCGGGAAGAAAGGGCCGCCACUUAUCUUGAGCAAACCGCCGACCACCGCUCAAACUGUGCCUCGGUACCUGCAACUUAUGUCAACGAGAACUCCAUUAAAUAUUCCAUUUAGGGGUCCACCUGUUGCAUUUCCACCGGCUUUGCCUCCAGUUCCUACCGUCCCGCCCACUUCAGGUACUCCUGGAAUUCCAUCAUCUCCUGGCUCACUUCCCCCUCCUUUUAUGUAUCCUGGUUAUGCUCCAGUCCAGCGGGCACCAAAUGGAUAUCCACCUUUGCCUGUCUGGCCUCCUGUAAACAAUUACGCACCCCUUCCAGGAGCAUACCCUCCCCAACAUCCAUACGUAUACUCUCCGUUUGCACAUUCUUCUCAAUAUGGGGCUCAACCAUUUUAUGGUCCCCCAUAUGGUUAUCCUCCCUUCGGCGGCCAUCCACUUAACAGCAAGAAAGAGAUGAAAAAAGAGGUGGAGGGUUCAGAGUCUGAUAGCGACUCAGAUAGUAAUUCUAGUGGAGCCGGUCAAAAGAGCGAAGAGAAGGGAAAUAGUUCGGACAGUAAGGAGACUUGAGUCCAAGGCUCUGGAAAAGAAGUGGUCUAAGACCCUACUGUAGACAUUAGCUUUCAACUGUAAAAAUUCGGGGUUUCAAAGGAUAAUAACCCCUUUCUCCUGUAAACACCGUUAAGAUCUGUUAAAAGCACUUGGUGCUGAGGAUUGUCAGCAGUACACACCACGCGGAAGCCAGAUUUUGUCAGCUGUGAAUGCAGUCUUCCUGGUCUUUUUCUUGUGGCGCCAUUCGCCCAAGGUGUUAAUAUCUGCUGUCAUAGCACUCGGUUCUCGUUGAGUACCUACGUCUGGCCACAGACGACCUGUCCAACUUUGUUCGAGUAAAGGAAGUCAGACCCGGACGCAAGUCGGGUCUGUUCAUGUUUUAUAUGGUCAGCUAAGGAGGACGUCUCGUGCAUUGUUGGGCGCUUUUCCUCGAUUUCCUUCACUUGUCCUUGAUGUUUGG